AUGGCGACCGGUGAGAGGCGAUCAAAUCUCAGGUUGCUCAGGACGUCAUCGAUUCUGGACCAAGGCGACACACGCGCGACUCGCCAUGGAGACUGUCUUAGACUGUGUACCUGCAACGCGAGAACAGUUUCCACAGACGCUGACCUGCAUGCCCUUCUCGGAGCUGCAGAGCGUAUCAAAUUUCAUGUGAUUGCUCUGCAGGAGACCAAGUGCAGAAGGAGCGACGUGCGACAGAUGAAUGACGGUACACUCGUCAUUCGUGGAGAGAAGGUUCCGUCGCGAAAUGUAGGCGGUGUUGGUUUUGUUGGGCACCCAUCUGUCGUCCAUCUCGUCGAUUCUCACGAGAUCCUAUCACCUCGUCUGGCCAUUCUUUGUCUCCGCCCUCUGCGCCAAAAAUCCAUCAGUAUCAUCAACUGCUACUCACCAACAUCAACAGCUGAUGAAUCCGAAUUGGACGCGUUUUACGAGGAGCUGGAGGAAAUGAUCCGCAAAGAGAAGUCCUUCCAAACAUUCGUUGUCGGAGACUUCAACGCAAAACUAGGAAAGGCCACAGAAGAGGAAUACAGGAUUGGAAGAUUUGGACUAGGAGACCGGAAUGAAAAUGGCAAUCGUUUCACCGGGCUGCUGUCCGCCGCUCGCUUCUUUCAUGGGAACUCUCUUUUCAAAUGA